AUGGACGACAAUAUUAGUGCAACAUGUUGUAGUAGCAAAGUACCAUCAUUGAAAUUCAUCUCUACACGAUUUAUCGCUCUUCUGCUAUUUCAGACAAAUGUUCAUUGGAGAAAAUUGGGUGAGGUGAUUCAAAUCAUUCAAAGAUGGCUUUACAAAGCAAAUUUGCCAGCAUUAAUUAAAAAGCAAUUGCAAUGCGGAUUACGUGAUGUUUACCGUGAAAUUGAGCGUUGGAAUGAAAAACAUGCAAAAUUAUUUGAUGAGGACGAGAACGAUGAAACAAGUGAAAUAUUACGUCAGCGGGUACAUCGUAGCAGUCACUUACGAUUAUUUUAUGGAAGCAUUAUUUGGAAAUAUAAUAAGUACGAAAUUAGUGAUCAAAAGACAGCGCUAGCAAUUAUUAAAAAGGAUUGUGCCGAUUGGCCUCAAAUGCAAUUUCAGAAAAAAUUAUCCGGACAUUGUUUGUAUGAUUUUUGGUUCGCAUUACUUAACAAUACUCAUGCAUGGAGUAAAAUGCUUAAUUCGGAUAAUUUACUACCAGGACAAACAUUAUCAUUGACAUUUCAGUUUGCUGUUGUACAUGGUUAUUUUGAGCUUGUUAGCUUCAUAUGGAAUCAUAUUACGCAUCCACAGAGAGAAUUUAUUGGAUUACUGCAGUGGAGAAAAGUAUGUUUCAAAGCGAAAGAUCGUGAAGUGCUACAUUUUCUGUGCGAACAACUCUGCGCAAUUAAUGCAGCAGGUCUUGCUCGAAUUACAUGGAAUACUUUUUAUCAAACACUUCAAAAUUCAUUUCAGGAAGAUAACAUAGGAUUUCGUCAGGAUGGUAUGUAUAAAUUAGCGUUCCUCUUGGAGAAUAUUUGUCCACGGCUCCGUAGUGCAAUGCUUUCCAUGGAAAAUUUCCGAGCAAUUACAGAUGCAUUUGUGUAUAAUCAAGCAGAGCUUUUUGCUCUCUUUUUGAAUUACCUUGAACCAGAACAAUUACAACUCACGCGUGAAUAUAUUGAUCGUAUUUAUGACCGAAAAAAAAAAAAUGAAACAGCCCAAAAACAACUUCGAAUAUUGUUACGUCGACAAAAAACUCUAGCAAGAGAAACAAUUCAUACGAAUGUUUCAUUGUUAAAUAAUAUAACAAAUAAUUAA